AUGCGCGGCCUUGCUCAGGCUGCCAUGGUGCUAGCACCGACGUUGGUGUUAGCUCAUGGACCUCACCAUCCUCCUCCUCCGCCUCCGCCACCUCCUCCCAUGGGAUUUCUUCCCUCAGCUCUCGAUGUCACGCCCUCAGCCUUCGUCACAGUCAAGCUCCCCUUGAGCGAAUCCGAAUCCUAUCCUCUGACACUACGAUUUGAUGUGGAGGAAUCAGAAGAAGUUUGUGGUCCCGCCAGCAUCACCCUCAAUGGCGAACCUCUCAAGCAAGACGCCAAGGGUCGCGGUGUCGGAUCUUUCCUCAUCAACAAUGAGACCACUAUUUCAGCAGACUGGGAUUUCGAAUGCAUCGGCCCCAAAGAGUUUCCCUUCGGCCAGUCUAUGCGCUUCAAUGUCAAGGCUCUCGACGAUAUGGCUCUUACAGAGGAGUCUUCCUUCUGGAUGACUUUCAAGCAAACCGCACCAGUCCGAAUCUCCGAUGUUGGAAACGCCGCAUAUGUCUGGAGUCUGUCAAUGCCUUUCAGCAAGGACAAGGAGUCAUCCUCUGACGACAAAUCCACCUCUACAUCACCCCCCAUCUGGGAGUAUCCCGACCGCGAUUUCCAGGACCCCGAGGAGGAACUUCAGGUUGAACUUAUGGAACUGAAUGCUUUGCACAAGCAGAUUCUUCAGCUUGAGGAACUGGUGAAGGAGAGGGAGGCAUCUGUUGCUAAGAAGCUGGGCAAGCAGUAUCCUCCUCCACCCCCCUCGACUAUGAAGAAGAUCAAGCAGUGCGAUGGCGUGCAGUGUGUUCUACACACUGUUGGUGAGGAGGUGCGACACUCGGCUCACAGAUUCUACGAUAGCAUAUUUGGACAUCACCCACCUCCUCACGGCCCGCAUGGUCCUCAUCAUGGCCCUCAUCAUGGAAACGGUACUCACCGGGGCCCUCAUCCUCCUCAUCCCCCGCCGCCGCCUCCUCAUCAUGGUCACCCUCCCUUCCCCUUCCCUGGAGGUCACCCUCCCCCUCCUAUGUGCGCUCCUUGCCCCUGCGAUCCUCAUCACGGAAACCCUCCUCCUCCUCCUCCUCCACCACCACCUCCUCCUCACCACCGGGGUAAGCCUCAUCAUGACAGGCCUGAGCAUGGUCACGGUGGUUUCGGUGCUAAGGAUCAUGAAGGCCACCACCCUCCACCUCCUCCUCACCAUCCCAUUAUUGUCAUCCUUGGAAUCGUGACCAUUGCUCUCGCUCUUUUCUGUGCUAUUGCCAUCGCCUACAUUCACCGCCGUGUAGCGCGUCUCAGCCCCGAGGCUCGUCGUGCUAUCCGCCGGGCAUUCCGCCAAACUCGCGACGAGCGUCGUAAGAACUCUGCUCUGAAGGCUGCUUACCGUGCCUUUGUUACCCGAUGGAUCGAGAAUGAGGAUGAUGAGAAGGAGGCUAUGCUUAACGGUGAGCGACGCCGACGAUCAUCUUCCUGCAGCAGCGUUACCAUGGAAGAGGAGAUUGCUUCCUUCCGUGAGGCUGCUCAAAUGGUUGAGGGCAUUGUCGCUGCUGAGGAGGGCCAGCACAGCCAUGCUCGUUCUUACAGCUACGCUGCCGGCCCCCCUGUUCCUCCCCCUACUUCCCACCACACUGUUGCCACAGUAUACCCCGGGUUCAUGGAGACGGAUGAAAACCUUCCUGCCUACGACGACGAUGAGCGUGAUUCGUCGGUUGUAGCAGAUGGAUGCCGAUACACUCCUGGCAGCUCCGAUUAUACCCCUUCAAACUCGGGGUCCAAUGCCAGCGAUGUCCUGGGGGAUACUAAGAACUAA